GGACGUGGGUGCCGGUGGCGCCAUCUUCCCCGGCUGCGGGAGGGGUCACAGGUCAGCGUCCGAUCCUCGCCGCCAGAAGGAAGACGAGUGAGUGGUCGGCCCGGCCCGGGGCCCUCACGUCCGAGGGUAAGAGCAGCUGGAGCUCGGCCGGUCCCUUUUCCUAAGGGGCCCCCAGGAUUCUCCAAGAGGACAAUGGAUUCUGGCGCUCGACCGGCUGGUAGCUGCUGUAGCAGCCCUGCAGGGCUCUCACGGGAGUACAAAUUAGUGAUGCUGGGUGCUGGUGGUGUAGGGAAAAGUGCCAUGACCAUGCAGUUCAUCAGUCACCGAUUUCCAGAAGAUCAUGACCCCACUAUUGAAGACGCUUAUAAAAUCCGGAUUCGUAUUGAUGAUGAGCCUGCCAAUCUGGACAUUUUGGAUACAGCUGGACAGGCAGAGUUUACAGCAAUGCGGGAUCAGUAUAUGAGAGCAGGAGAAGGGUUUAUCAUCUGUUAUUCUAUCACUGAUCGUCGAAGUUUCCAUGAAGUUCGGGAGUUUAAGCAACUUAUAUAUCGAGUUAGACGUACUGAUGACACACCUGUGGUUCUUGUGGGAAAUAAGUCUGACCUAAAUCAGCUAAGACAGGUCACCAAGGAAGAAGGACUGGCUUUGGCCCGGGAAUUCAGCUGCCCCUUUUUUGAGACAUCUGCUGCAUACCGCUACUACAUUGAUGAUGUAUUCCAUGCCCUUGUGCGGGAGAUACGUAGGAAAGAAAAGGAGGCAGUCCUCGCCAUGGAGAAAAAAUCUAAACCUAAAAACAGUGUAUGGAAGAGGCUGAAAUCACCAUUCCGGAAGAAGAAAGAUUCAGUAACUUGAGAUUUGAAGUGUUUAUCUGAACUGCAGUGCUUAGUCAGAGCAGUCCAGUAACCUGCAUUAGUGAGCAUGGUGCUUGUUCUUUCUCCUGUUAUGACCGUUACUGUAAAAAGUAACUGAUAAAGGGGACAUGCCUACUAGGAGUUUUCAGUUUUCAAUGAUGUGGUAUUUAAAAUGUUGUCUCAGCUAAUUUUGAUUUAUUAAUCCCAUGGAGCACUGUCUGCUUUCAAAUUGUCACAUUAGGAUAUGAUCUACCAAUGUUUUGGGUUCUGUUGCUGAUGUUAAUCAAUGUACAUUGUUUAUACCCAGG